AUGGAACUCAUCGAUAACAUCGUCGCCACUCUGCUAGAGAAUAAAGACUAUCUGCCCCAUGUAUCUUGCGCCGUCACCGCUGCGCACGAGAAGAGCAUACCUGUCAUCCACAUCACUAUCGACUUCCGUCGCAACUAUCCCGAGGUCCCCCGCAUGAACCCCUUCUGGGCGCAUUUUGUCGACAGACGCCUUCGUCCGCGCCAAGGGCCAGCUAAACCAAGGCCUCAGUUCGUCCCGGAGGCCACGCCUCUUCCCCGAAGAGAUCGUUGUCUCAAGGAAACUCAUCUCGGCAUUUGGCAACAGCGAUCCGGAGGUCCUUCGGGGAUCGAUGGGGUCCGGAAUUUGGUAAUGGCGGGCGUGACGACCAACGGCGUGGUGUUGUCGACGGUGAGAGAGACAAUGGAUAAGUACUACGGGAUCACAGUCCUUGAGGAUCUGUGUGUGGACAGUGACGAGGAAGUCCGCCGGGCCUUGAACACAAAGGGUUUUCCGGUGAGUGGUGCUGUUAUGAAAUGGGAGGACUGGGUCGCAAAUUUGUAA